AUGACGACGAUCGUCAAGGAUACCAUCUAUGCCUUGUCGAGCGGAAAUCCGCCGUGCGCCGUAAGCAUUGUGCGCGUGUCUGGCCUGUGCGGCGAGCGUCCGAUCGUGCCCCGCCGCGCGACGCUGCGUGCCAUUCGGCAUCCUACCACCGACGAGCACCUCGACGACGCGCUUGUGCUCUACUUUCCAGCGAACAACUCGUUCACGGGCGAGGAUGUGCUCGAGCUCCAAGUGCACGGCAGUCCUGCUGUCGUGCGCGACGUGCUCUUGGCUCUGGCCCACGUCCCUCUUGCGCCCUUGCGCCCUGCGCUUCCCGGUGAGUUUACGCGGCGUGCGUUUGAGCACGGGCGCAUGGAUCUGAACUCAUGCGAGGCGCUCGAUGCGCUGCUGCGUGCCGAAACCAGCACCCAGCGCCGACUGGCGCUCCAGACGGGCGGAGGGCGGCAGGCGCAGCUCUAUGCCUCGAUCCGCAAAGAGCUGCUCGAGGCCAUGGUGCGCGUCGAGGCCAUGCUAGAUUUUAGCGACGAGGAUGAGAUCGACGAUGCGCUCUGGCGGCCGGUCUGUGCGUCCGUCGAGUCGCUCCGCGCGCGCAUUCGGCGCGAGAUUCCCCAAGGCAAGCACUCGUACCUGGACGCCGUGCUGCACGGCACGCGCCUCGUUCUGUACGGCCGGCCGAAUGCGGGCAAGUCGAUGCUGCUCAACCGCCUCGUGCGGCGCGAGGCGGCCAUUGUCUCGUCCGAGCCGGGCACGACGCGCGACGUUGUCCAAGUCGCCUUGGAACUGCAUGGCUUCCGUGUCCUGCUCACCGAUACAGCCGGUCUGCGCGAGGCGACCGGCGAGAUUGAGCGCAUCGGCAUCACGCGCACGCGCACGCACGUCACCGAGGCCGACUUGGCCAUCUUGGUAUGCGACGCCCCGGACGUCUGCGAAAUGCUCGGCGGCGUUCCGCCCAGUGGAGCAUGGCAUAUACCCAAAGAGGCGCUCGAGCAGCUUGGCAUGCUGCCGACCGACGCCGAGGUACUCGUCUUUAUGAACAAGAUGGACCUGGUCGACGCGCCGCCGCCCGCCGACCAAGGCGUCCCGUGCACAAUCUGGCACGGAAGCGCGUUGGAGGACCGAGGCAUUGACACGCUCCUUGCUGGCCUCGGCGAGCUGCUCCAGGCACGCCACGAAGCAGAGAUGGGCGAGCCGCCGCUCGUGACCGAGGCGCGCCAUCUGCACCUCUUGCGGCACGUCCUCGAGGCGCUCGACACGUUUGCCACGACAUUUAUCGAGGCGCCGCAGCCCGACUUGACGCUCGCUGCGGAAGAGCUGCGGCACGCCGCCUACCUCAUCGGCCAGAUCACCGGCGAGACGCUUGCUGCCGACGAGGUGCUCGGGGGCAUCUUUUCGCGAUUCUGCAUUGGAAAGUAG